AUUCAUUAAAUUGCUUUGGUAUCCGUGUAUCGAAGAUGUAAGUAGUCUCGAGUUGGCCCCUCGUGGCUGUACGUUAGACAACAUAGUCCGUGAUGAACAUAUUGCAAAGAUGGCGACAUGUGCAUAAUUAUUUGUGAGAUGGAUUGCAUACAGUGCAGACGUCGCAAACAUAGAUCGUCCCACGGCAGAUAUAGAGUGCAGUGCCCUUUUUGAAAAAGUUUGAAUAGUUGGAAGUUGUUGAGUCUGAGGACACGAUGCGUGAGUUUAAAGUUGUCGUGUUAGGUUCGGGUGGGGUUGGAAAGAGUGCAUUGACAGUACAAUUCGUUUCUGGUUGUUUUAUGGAAAAAUACGACCCGACCAUCGAGGACUUUUAUCGUAAGGAGAUCGAAGUGGACAACUCUCCCUGUGUGUUAGAAAUUUUAGACACCGCUGGUACAGAACAAUUCGCCAGCAUGCGCGACCUCUACAUAAAGAAUGGCCAGGGCUUCGUAGUGGUAUAUAGUUUAACAAACCAUCAAACAUUUCAAGAUAUUCGGACAAUGAAGGAAUUGAUAACCAGAGUUAAAGGUACCGAGAGAGUUCCCAUUUUACUUGUAGCGAAUAAGGUAGAUUUGGACCACCAGCGAGAAGUGACUUCUUCAGAAGGCAGCAGUCUCGCCGCACAAUGGGGAUGCCCCUUCAUCGAGGCGAGUGCUAAGAAUCGAACGAAUGUCAACGAGGUGUUUGCAGAGAUCGUGCGUGAGAUGAACUUUAGUCCAGAAAAAGAAAAAAAGACUUAUUGUUGUUGCAGUUUACUCUAAUCAUGUGGCCCCGUUACGUUGAGCGAAGUGGAACGCCAAUCGGUAUAGAGAUAUCUGCAGUGUUAGUACAGUGGGCAAGAAGAAUAUUUUCCCAGCCGAAUUGGCUGAUUCACCAACUUUCAAACCACUUCAUUUGUGUUAACUGAUGCCGAUGAGUAUUUUGAGAGAUAUACUAUCAGUUAACUUCGAGUGUUGGACAGCAAAACCACCGUUUUAAGACUAUAAGCUCAUUUCUAGUAUACCUACUUACUCAUUGAUAAUAUAUUAUAAGUAAUGGCUUAGAACAGCACAAUAUAUUUUUAUACAUUGAACAAAGUCAAAACGCGAACGAUACAUACAUAUUUUAUUUAGAAAUUUUUGAACCAACUCAUAUCUACCACCAGAUCUUUACUACCUAUUAAUGAUAGUGCCUGAAUGAUUCAACAUUGGUUGCAAUUCGACUGUUCAAGCAUAGAAAUAGAGAUGGUACCCACAUGGCCUAAAAACUAGCCACAUGGUUGCUAAAUUAAACCGGCCAAUAUCAUCUUGGUGCCCCAUUAUCAUGUGAGCUCAUAUUGUACAUAUUAGAAGACUAACAUUAUUUUAUCGAGAAAUCUGUGUUUUGUAAUAUAAAACUACUAUGUGAUGUGUGUCUGAAUGAGGAAUGAGUGAUUAAUUGACUAAAUAAAUACGAUUUUGUAAGUAUUCAAAUGUUGCCGAUAGGUGUGUGUUCUGAGAGCCAAAAAGGAUUUGUGAUAUACGUAUUAUAAUAAAAAUCAAGUGCAAA